AUGCCGGCCGCUGAACGCCGUCGAGAAUUCAGCGAGGAAAAAGCGACACUACUGAAGCGGUACCGGACCGGAGUGGAGGAUUCACCCCGGCGAGCGGACUUCCUGAAAUCUCUGGACCUGCGUGUCCUGCGGACAUUCGUUCUUUAUCUGAUAUGCGGGCAACGCGACGAAAAUGGCCCCAAUGUCUGCUCGCUAGUCGGCAUUGCCAUUGGGGCAGCCAUGGAGAUCGGUCUGCACUGUGAUGGAAGCACGUUGAACCUGCCUUCAUUCGAGACAGAAAUGCGACGCCGGCUCUGGUGGCAGAUUUACACACUGGAUGUGAACACAGCCAAGGACAACAAUUCGGAGCCAACUAUUCUCGACUCCUCUUUUACCACUGCAUUACCAUUAAAUGUCAACGGCACCAAUCUCGAUCCCAACAUGGGCGAGCUGCCACCCAGCCAAGCCAGGCAGACAGAGAUGUUGUUCAGUCUGGUUCGGUUCGCAGUGAGCCGGUUUGUGCGACGAGUUGUGUUCUCUGACAGCUUCUGUCAUAAAAGUUCAUAUCCAAUCCUCAGCGUCUCGGAGAAAUGCAAGGCGAUCGAUCAGUUUAAAGAGGGAAUUGAGAACCAGUACUUGUCGCACUGCGACAAAAACAUCGCUCUUGUUUUCGUUAUGGCCGCAUCUAACCGUUUGAUUCUCGUCAAGCUAAAAUCGACUUUGUGCAAGCCACAAUCAGACCAUGAUCUUGGCUCGCUCCUUCAGGCAAACUACCAAAAGGUUUGCGAGGAGAUCCUCCAGCAUGCGCACACCAUGCAACAGUACGAAAGAGGCAAGCAAAGGCUCUGGCUCUCUCAGACCUAUUUCGAAUGGGAUGCUCUGGCGUGUUUUCUUCUGAGUCUUUGUAUAGCACCACCCCCGGAGCCAUCCAGUGCCGCUUGGAGGGCGAUUGAUGAGAUCUACAACUACUGGAAAAACGAUCCUGACACCAAUCAAGAUUGUCGCUGGAAACAUAUUGAGGAGCUGCGAUGGAAGGCUUUGACCGUACGCGACCGGAUGCAAAUUGCGCUACAAACACCAGAGUUUUCUGGUCCGGAGUUGGUUGUCCACUCGUCUGAAGUCUCACCGGCUAUUUCAAACCAUGAAACUAGUAUGAGGCCUGGUCAACUGCCUUCCUCGAGAGGUUGUAGUCCGGCAUCGACUACCCCUUUUAUGCGACAUAUCCAAACAACAGAAGCUAACCUCCCAACCAACCAAUUUCAUUCCUCGAUAUUUACUGACACAGCCACUACGAUGGCUAGCACCCAGUCAGAGCAUGAGGAUGUCUCCAUAGGAACGGAGCUACCGGGAACAGGCACAGCUUGUGAGUGGAGUGCUGAACUCUUUGGACGAUACUGGGAUAUUGCUAGGUCAGGACAAGUUAAUUAUAUCGAAACUACCAAAAUCCCAAGACCUUCGUUGCUGCUGUGA